AUGGUGGAAAACCGAGAGCCCCGCGGGGCUGUCGAGGCUGAGCUGGACCCGGGGGAGUAUACCCUUCAGAAGUGGCUCCCCCACCGCCUCUCCCGGAGGCCCAAUGACAUUUAUGUCAACAUGAAGACUGACUUUAAGGCCCAGGUGGCUUGCUGCCAAAAGCUUCUGGACGGAGGGGCUCGGGGUCAGAAUUCAUGCAGUGAGAUCUACAUUCCUGGCUUGGGCCUGGCCAUCAACCGUGCUAUCAACAUUGCCCUACAGCUUCAGGCAGGCAGCUUCGGGUCCUUGAAGGUGGCUGCCAAUACCUCCACCGUGGAGCUUGUCGAUGAGCUGGAACCAGAGACUGAUACUCAAGAGCCGCUGACCCGCAUCCACAACAACUCGGCCAUCCACAUCCGGUCUUCAGGGUUUCACCCAAGUAAUGGAAAUGAGGAUGGCCACCUUAUCCACCCACCCCCACAUAAGUCGGCUCAGAGAUGGCUCUUCUUGUACUGA